GAACGUACUAGCGUAGCGGCCUGGAGUAGACUGAGUAAUGUACAGUAGGAAAAAUGCUUUGUGGCAUCAUUUCCCUGCCGCAGCCAACACCAGGAUCUUUCACACUUUCCUUUUCUAUGUCCCUCUCUGUCCUUUCCUCUUGCUGCUGUCUCUGGUCUUGCCUAUGCUAGAUUAUCGGGGGAAGUGUCCCAGGACUUCCUUACAGUCUGUUGGAGUGUUAGUGAAGAGAGGACUCUGGUGGUGUUACCAUGGUGUCAUCUCACCCUGUUCAGAGCAGGUAUAGAUGACAUGAUGGUAAAAAAGGCAAUGCCCUAUCCAUUCAAGUGCUCCCAACGGUGCUGGUGAGACUUCCCCUGCAAAAGACUAGUGUAGACGCACAGCCUUCAUUUCCUUCACAUGCACUCUCAGCUUCCCACCUUCAGUAUGGCUGCCCUGUGCUUGGAACAAGCUCCCACUUCUUCUCCAGCAAGUGCCCCUUCUUCUACAUCCCACUCUAUUGUUUGCAGUGUUGUUGUAGCUGUGUUGGUCCCAGGCUAUGAGAGAGAGAAGGUGGGUGAGGUAAUAUCUUUUAUUGGACCAAUUUCUGUUGGUGAAGAGCAACUUUUGAGUUUACACAGAACUGAAGAGGAGCUCUGUGAAAGCGUGUUUCUUUCGCCAGUAGAAGUUGGUCCAAUAGAAGAUAUCUCACCCACCAUAUUGCUCUGUUGAUAAUCUUGGAUUAAGCAAGCUCCUUAGGGCUGGGAGUGUGAUUCACUAAAUUUGUAAUUAUUUAUGGCCUCAGGCACACACGGGGGCAGAUUUUCAACUGCUCAGUACUCACAGUUGGGCCAGAUUUUCAAAAGAUCUUAGCACCCACAAGCUCCCACUCGGAUGCUUCAGGCCAGAUUUUCAAAAUAACUCAGUAUUCAAUGAAAGUGAGGUCUUCUUCUGAAACUCUGGCUCUUCAGGUCCUAUAUAAAUACUUAGGGGCAAUAUCUGGAAAAAACCCACAUAUAAUGAUGUACAUUCCAUGUCUAAUGCUGGCAAAUAUACUGGGCCUUUGUUCUUAUGAACCUUAAUCUGGCUGGUGUAUGUGUAUCUUGUAAUGGACGGACUCCAAAUUUCUCAACUGUGUGUCACAGGCCUGAUAUUGCUAAAAGGUAAAGAAGAUUCCCCAUGGUGCAAGCAAGAGUGGUUGUACUUUUAGAGCAGUUGGUCUAGAUUUUAUAUAAUCUGCCACUGUACAAUUGCAAGUGGGCAGCAUGAGUGACAAUGACAAAGCCUUAGGUACCAAUAUAGAUAAACAGACAUUUAAAAAAACAAUAACUAUGAAAUGAAUCUUAAAAAAAGAAAAAAAUCUAUUAUCAAACUGAAUAAGAGUCUUCUAAAGUUUUAUUUUGAAGAGUGCUUCCCAGUGAUACUUCUAGGCUAAUCUUAGUUGGAGUCCUACAAAAUGUAUUAGUUAUCCAUAUGCUAAUUAACUAAGGCUGGUUGUCACCACAAGGGACUGGGGAAAUACCAUAGUUUUUUUUAGGCUUCUGUUUCAUAGAUUGUGGGCUGUUCCAUGACUUGUGGAUUUCACACCUGCUGCUUUCAGGCACACUAUCUAGAUGAGCACCGCUACAAUGCACCUUGAAGUGCUCCCCCACUCACUGGCUAGGUAAAACUAUUACUGGAACUAGUUUGAAAACGUCAUGCUUAGAAGAAACAGAAUGCAUAGCUCAUAUUCCUGCUGCAGCCAUAGUUGCAGUGUUAAGGAUUAUGGGAUGAAUAGUAAUCAAGUUAUACUAAUAAUUAGCUAGGGCAUUUAUAGAUCCACAUAACAUGUGUCAUGCUUCAAGUCCACUACAAUAUAGUCUCUUGAAUCCAUAAUAUUUUUUUGAUUUACACUGAUUGUUUAAUGCAAGAAGGGAUUAGAAUUGUUAUGAUCUGUAGCCACAAGUGUCAUUCCCCAGGGGAAUGACAAAACAUAGAAAUGAAUGUAUCUGCAUUUUUAAGCCAUUUCACUUGCUUAUUAGAGGCCUUCUGAUUUCAAGGUUCUCUACAAAGAACACCUUUUGGAUGCUGUUUUGCCUACAUGCUCCUUUAUCACUGAUUUUUUCCAAAGGAUUUAUAUAUAUUUUUUUAAAUGAAACUUGAUUCAGAACUGAAUUAAGGGAAAAUCCUUUGACUCCAGAUCCUACUCCAUGCCACAUUUUAGAAAAUGUGUUAUGUCUGCUUACAUCCUCAUCCUUCUCUGCUUCUGUAUAAUUCUAACUAUAACCCAAUACCAGACACAGUUGCAUACAAUUAUCACACAUCAGUGCCCUGGCUUGAUGGACAUAGCCUCCAUGACCCAUGACUGGCCGUGAAUGACAAAUCAAAAGUCAGCAUUUCACAAAUCAGCUAGGCUUCCUGCUGAUCUGCAGCAAGAGGAGGAAGAGGAGAAUGAAAGAAUCUGAAAAUAAAGCUGGUGGAGAGCAACGGUGACUUCGGCGGGGGCAGCAAGGAGCGAGCCGGCGGCAGCAAGCAAGGGGUGAUCCCGGCCGUGUUGGCCGCAGCCCGGAGCCCGGCCCGACAGCAGCCGCAGCCGCAGCAUCUGGACGGCAGCAGCAGCACCAUGGACAGCUCAGGGGCAUCAUCGCCAGAUAUGGAAUCCACCUAUGGGGGAGGCUUACUAGACAUGGUGAAAGGAGGAGCAGGGCGACUCUUCAGCAACUUGAAGGAUAACCUGAAGGACACCCUAAAAGAUACCUCUUCAAAAGUUAUGCAAUCUGUUGCCAGUUACACCAAGGGAGAGCUAGAUAUUUCUUAUGUUACCUCAAGAAUCAUUGUUAUGUCUUUUCCUGCUGAAGGGGUUGAACUGGGGUUCAGGAAUCACAUUGAAGAUGUGCGGACGUUCUUAGAUUCACGACAUCCUGACCACUACACGGUCUUCAAUUUGUCACAGAAGUCUUAUCGUAGUGCCAAGUUUCAUAACAGGGUAUCUGAAUGUAGCUGGCCAAUGAGACAAGCGCCCAGUCUGCAUAAUCUCUAUGCUGUAUGUAAGAACAUGCACAACUGGUUACAGCAGAACCCCAAAAAUGUGUGUGUCAUCCAUUGCAUGGAUGGCCGUGCAGCAUCAGCAGUUCUGGUCAGUGCAAUGUUCUGUUUCUGUCAUCUCUUCUCUAGUCCAAUCCCAGCUAUUCAGUUGCUCAACUCAAAGAGACCUGGAAUAGGACUCUGGCCAUCCCACAGAAGAUACCUAGGAUACAUUUGUGAUCUAAUAGCAGAAAAGCCCAUCCACCCUCACUGUAAGCCUCUUACUAUCAAAUCAGUCUCUCUCAGUCCGGUCCCCUGUUUCAAUAAACAGAGAAAUGGGUGUCGACCCUUCUGUGACAUUCUGAUUGGAGAAACCAGAAUCUUUACAACCUCCCAGGAAUAUGAAAGAAUGAAGGAAUUCCGUAUGCAAGAAGGGAAAGUCCUAAUUCCAUUAGGAGUUACUGUUCAUGGAGAUGUUGUCCUUUCUGUCUACCAUAUGAGAUCAACCAUUGGGGGACGACUUCAAGCAAAAAUGACAAACACACAGAUCUUCCAGAUUCAAUUUCAUACUGGAUUCAUAGCACUGGGAACAACUAUGCUAAAAUUUACAAAACCAGAACUGGAUGCAUGUGACUCCCCAGAAAAAUAUCCACAGCUGUUUCAUGUUACACUGGAGAUAGAAAUAGAAUCUGCUGAUAGACAGACUGACCUGACUCCUCCCUGGGAGAACUUCACAACAAAAGACAUCAAUGCAAGCAUUCUUUUCUCCUCUCACCAGGAACAUCAAGAUGCUCUCGCCUUGGCAGGUCGAAGCUCUGUAGAUGCACCUCAGGAUAACAUAAAAAAUGUUGGACAGGGGGCAUUCCUCUCCUCUCUCAGCUGGCAAGAUCAGAAAUCUGACAAAAGCAGUUCUCACCCCACCUCUGAGGAUCGGGCAGCACUAGUGCAUGAGGAGAGUGAACAGUCCGACGAUGAACUCUUAUCCCUUUCCAGUCAGCACAGCAAUGCUAGCAGCGACAAAACCCAUGGGACUCCAAAACACAGCAAAAAGCAGCAAGAGCCUCCAGCACCACUUCCGCCUGAGGAUAUCGACCUUCUGGGUCUAGACGGUAGCCCUAUGAGCAAGAAUUUCCCUGCUCAGUCCACUGUUCUCCCCUCUAACUCAGACUUGCUGAGCGAUCUGUUCGGGGUCAGUGGUUCCAGGGCCCACAGCCAAGGUGGACAGGCAGCUGCUGAGGAUGUCUUUCAUGUGGGUGGGCCUGGAUCCGCACACUCCACCCCUCGACGCGCUGCAGCUUCAGCAUCUCCAUCUCCAUCCCCAAGAGUAGAAGCAACUGCCUUUGACCCAUUUGGAACUAGCCCAAAGCAGUCUGGUCCAGAUCUACUGGGUUCUUUUCUUGGUUCAUCAAAUGCCACUGGUGAUCCUUUCCUUCAAGCAACAAGAAGUCCUUCACCUACCGUGCACAGUGACCCUUUUCACAUGGCUUCUAGUACACCAACGGUUGCCAUACAACCAGAUGUUUCAGGUGGCUGGGAGUGGUCCAACAAAUCAGGUGGCCUUGGUAUGGGAAGCAAGUCAGCCGCUACAAGUCCCACAGGAUCUCUCCAUAGCACUCCCACUCAUCAGUCCAAACCACAAACUCUGGAUCCAUUUGCUGAUUUGGGGGCUCUUGGUGCAAAUUUAGCAGGGGGGUCUUCAUUUGCCAGCAAACCAACCACACCGACAGGAAUAAGUGGAGGAUUCCCUCCUAUGGGCUCUCCACAGAAACCAUCUCCCCAGCCAAUGGGAGGUAGUGGUUGGCAGCAAGGUGCCGGAUACUCCUGGCAACAAUCACAGUCCAAAUCCCAGCAAAACAUACCACAUGCCUCUCCACAGAACAGGCCCAACUACAAUGUGAGCUUUUCAGCAAUGCCUGGUGGGCAAAACGAUCGUGGGAAAGGACCAGCCAAUGCUGACUCAAAACCAAAGGUGUCUGCUGAUUUUGAAGACCUAUUAUCUGGUCAAGGCUUUAAUGCCCACAAAGACAGAAAGGGACCCAGAACAAUAGCUGAAAUGAGAAAAGAAGAAAUGGCUAAGGAGAUGGACCCUGAAAAGUUAAAAAUCCUAGAAUGGAUUGAAGGGAAGGAGAGAAACAUAAGAGCACUGCUAUCAACGAUGCACACUGUGUUAUGGGCUGGAGAGACUAAAUGGAAACCCAUCGGCAUGGCAGAUCUUGUAACUCCAGAACAAGUGAAGAAGGUCUACCGGAGAGCAGUGCUUGUUGUUCAUCCUGACAAAGCUACAGGGCAGCCAUAUGAACAGUAUGCAAAGAUGAUCUUCAUGGAGCUAAAUGAUGCCUGGUCAGAAUUUGAAAACCAAGGCCAAAAGCCUUUAUAUUAAGCUACUUUCUCAACCUGUGCUCGUGCUUGUAUAGUCUCUGAUCACAACUUUGCCAUUUUCACAGAUAACCAAAAUCUGGCUGGAAAUUUGGAAGUUUCAAAAUUGCUCAUGAACCGAACACUUAUCACGAAGAACAAAAUGGAUGUUCCCUAAUGCAUACAUCACACAAAUUUCAAAAGCACAGGAGAAUUUUAGCCACAUGUCUCCUAAGGGGACCUGUGUAGCUAAAAUUGCUCAUAAUACUUUGGAAACCUAUCCCAUAUUUCCAGAGUUAAGUGGGGUGAGGGAGGAAUGCAUUCUAGACAAAGGUGGAACUGUUUUGUCUUGGGACACUUGACGUCCCACUUCUGACAAUGAAUUCUAGUGAGACCCCCCACUUCAAGUGAGUGUAAUAACUGGAGGUUAUGUCCAACCUUCCAAGCUGAGAUCCAAAUGUAAGUGUUCGCCUCCAGGGACCUGGUUUAGGCACAUAAUAAUUAAUUAAUUAAUAAUUCUCAUUUGAUAUCUAAUCACUUUUAGGAUAUUCUCAAAGACUAAGCUGAGCAACUGGAUAAGUCAAUAUGGCAACUUAACGCCUUAAGCAGAGAACUGUACUUUACAUUACAGCCAAUCAGUGAAAUAUUUAGAACAAAUUCUACAGCACCGUAGAGCAAAGAGUGACUUAAACUGAAGAUCAAAUAUUUGAUGUUACACCAGCCUAAGCUAAACACCUAUUAAGAUGCAAUGUUCAGGGAAUAGUGAACUGUGUGGGCGUGGGGUGAGUCCAUAGUUGUAGAACAGGAAUGAUAAGCGUUUACCACAUUCCUGGUGAAGCUCUACCCAUAAGUAGAACUGUCUGAUAGCCCAUGUUUUUUAAGAUUGCUAUGUCAGUUAUGCUGCUGCUUCAGAAGCUUCCCACAUUAGUUAAAAAUAUUUCCCAUUUGAGGGUUUGGAAGAUCUUGCUUCACCAUGUUUGAUCAGUUCCAACCAACUGUCUAAAAGUUUCUCAGAGCACUUGGGCAAGGGGUCAUGAUAGAAAUGGAAUCUGUUACCACUUCACCCUGCAGAUCACAGUACGCAAGUUAUCCAGGCAUGUGGAAUUUGUCUGGCCUUUUUAGAAGUAACAGGGCAGUUUGCAUCUUUAAAAGUUGCAUUGGUCCACAGCAAUAAUGGCAACAUACAGGCGUGUCUGAUGCUGAAGCUGAAGCCUUUCUUACCUAGUUAUGCGGCAAGUUCCUUUGACCCAGGCUAUUUCUCCUUUUGUAAAGUCACUAGAAAUAAUGGUUUAUUUACCACACUUCAUGGUUGAAAUGAAAUCUCAUAUCUGCUUUUGCUUUAAAAGUUCAGCAUAUGCAUAGGAUGGGCAGAAAGGUUUCCAUAUUAAUUCUUUAAGGAAAAGAUCUAUAUCUGAUGUGAAAAUCUUUGGAAAGCUGGUAUUUUUAAAGACAAUCCAUUCUUGUUUGUUUACUUUAAAUUUUAAUUUUCCAGUGACAAAAUAGUUACGGCAAAGGCAGCAUGUCAAAGGACGUUACUUUCUGUAUAAAACUUCAUCUUUUUGUUGUACUGGUCCAUUAUUUAUUACCAUUAACUGACAAUGUGAUACCAACACACACUUUUCCUUUUUAUAUACAAGACCUUAAAAUGUUCAAGAUAACCAUAACAAAUGAUGUUAUUUAUUAACAUAUUAUGAAAUGUUUGUUUUUUGAUCCAGUAUGUGCUUGUCUUAUUUAAAAAGAUAACUGGAAUGUGAAUCAUGUUCCUGUGGUUUGUUGAUUUAUUUUGUUUCUCAUUCACGUUUGUAGAUAUUGUGUGAACUAUGCCUAUAUAAUAAAAGGAUCUCAUUGAUGUAAUGUACAUUUUUGAAAUGAUAAACUACAUUUGCUUUGUAUCAAGUUUGUCAUGGCAGAGAGCUCUGGAUAACACCUCAAUGUUCACAAAAUACGAACUAUCAUUAAACUUUAAAUAACCCAGGAAAAAAAACCUCCCCAAAUUUAAACUUUGAUUCUCCUCCAACCUAAUGUUUUUAUGGAUGCAUGAAAGUUUUGGGACCUACUUAUCUCAAAAUUAGUUAACUCAGCAAUUCAUUUAUUUUCAUAUCUUGUAGUGACAGAGCUUAUCAAUGUUCAGGUUUACUGUUUGUCUAAAAUUAUUGUAAUUUUUUUGUAAAUAUGCUAUAUACUCAAAAUGAAAUGUGACUAGUCUAAAACAUUUGUAUAUAUAUUAAAAAGCUCAUUCAAUAAA